CAAAUUCCGGGCAUUGUCCCUUCUCCUCAUAGUUCUUCCCCCUUUCUUUUCUCCAUCUCUUUCCUUUCCCUCUCCCAGCCCCAACCCCACCCCACUUCUAUCUCCCUCUUUCUGUAUUUCUUUUCCUCCUCUUUUUCUCUGAAAAAAUAAACUGAAAAUUUAUUUAAAAUCUGUUUUCCUUUUAUUUUUAUUCAUACAUGUAUGAUGAUGGGCUGGGGCACUGGUUCGCCAUGUCCAUCUCGCCUCAAAAUCCAGCCUUUUUGGGUCUCCGCAUCUGUCUUCACCCUAACGACUCUCUUUUCUUCUUCUUCCUUAACUCGAUUUCUUCCCUCUGUUUUGGUCUCGAAUGCAAACCCUCGAUCUUUCAGUUAAUUCCUUCGUAAGUAAUUCCAAGCCCCUCCGUCAUUCGAUCUCCCUCGAUGACGUCCGAAGACGCCUCGGCGGCGAUCCCCAAUGAGGGAUCUUCGCCCGAAGAGCAGCCGCGGAACAAUAACAGCAAAAACAACAAUAACGGCACCAUAACCACCACCACCACUACCAACAACAACAACAACCACACAGGCCGGAAAGAGCGUCCGCCACGCGCAUGUACCGCUCGUUCCUCUGCUAGGCUUUACUCCUCUGCCCCCGCGGUCGAGCGCAAGCCUGGUCCGUCCAAGAAAGAGAAAGAAGAGCAACUUCAGCAGCAACAGCAAUGCAGCAAGAUCAUUACACCGCUCCUUAACGAGCCUCCGCCUUCGCAAUUGCCGCGCUGGAAUCUCCGGUCCAUGUGGGAGUUAGCCUCCCUUCUUAACUUCUUACAUGUUUUUAGGCCGCUUUUGAAUAUUUCGGUAGAGUUCUCGGCGGAGGAGCUUGAAACUGCUUUAAUCACCCCGAAUAGUACUUUGGAUGAUAUACACAUACCUUUGUUAAAGGCUAUUCCUCCUGUUACACGCAUGGCACUAGGGCGUGCUACUUGGGUUACAGUGUUAUGCAGAAAAUUGAGGGACUGGUGGCAUUGGGUUGCUGAGGGUGAGCUACCAAUUGUAGCAUCGCAUGGGAUGGAGGUUGAAGUAUACAAGACAUUAGAUCCUGGGACUCGUGUAGUGAUUUUGAAAGCACUUUGUGACAUCCGUGUAGAGCAAGAAGAUAUCCGGAAUUAUAUUGAUAACUCUAUAAAGCAUGGUGUUCAGCUUUCAGGAUUUCGUAAAGAACGAAUUGGUGGUGAUUCACAUGGGGUUUCAUAUUGGUAUGAAGAUGAUCCUAUUGUUGGUCAUCGGCUCUAUCGGGAGAUUAGAAAAAUUGAGGUAAAAAAGCCAAAGGGAAGGGGGAUGCCAUCCUCUCCGAUCAUAUCUUGCCAGUGGGAAACAGUUGCAACCAACUUAGAUGAAUUCCAAGAAGUUUCAGAGAAACUUUUUUCAAGUAAAAAUAGAACAGAAGUUGCAGUUGGGAAGAAGCUAAAGAUCGAUAUGCUUCCGGAGAUUGAGAAGGUUCACAAGAGGAAAGAGAGACUUCUGAAAAAGCAGCAUCGACAGGCCCUACUUCUUGAUAGCUAUUUGAAUGCAGAUGGGCUUGCUGCAGGACGCUCCCUUCGUGACAGAAAACCAGUCACCUAUACUUUUGAUGAUUUUGAUCGGUCAAUCAAUGAGGCUAUUAAAAUAACCAAGCGAAAACAGCCCUCCCCAGAACAUGUUUCUAGAAGAGAAGCUGUUAUGAAACACGAGGCCUCAACAAAUGGUAGAUGGAAUGGUCCCGCACAAGCACCUCAUCACAUGUCCUACGAUGCAGCAUCUCCUAAAUCAAAUGAUAAUGAAGGGGCUGAUGGGGAACACAAGUUUGGACAUUUGGACCGCAGCAACCGGAGAAGGCAGAGGCCACAAAGGUAUUCAGAGAAAGAAUUUGUUGAAGCUGUUUCAGAUAACGAGGCAGACUUUGACAGUGAUGAUGAUAUAGUUGGAGAAGCAGUAUAUGAUGAGGAGUAUCUGAGGAGCCGGAAACAGCGGAAGAAGGUCUCUAGCAGCUCUGAGGGAGAUGAGGAAUACCGUUGGGAUGAAGAAAAUGCUGAAGAUGACGAUGAGGAGGAAGAUGAUUCUUUUAGCAGUGAGGAUACUGAUGAGCCACGCAGAUCUAAGAGUUUUCCUAGUCGUAGUAGUAGGAGGGGAACUAAAUUAAAGUCUGUUGAUGAGCUGGAGUCAGGUCUGAGACGAAGCAAGAGGGCCACCCGAAACCGAAUAAACUAUCGACAAUAUGAGCUGUCAGAUUCUGAAGCUGAGUCGAAACCUGAGAAGUCAGAUGCAUCAGAAGGCAACUCAGAUGCAAGCAAUAACAUGGAAUACUCGACGGAAAGUGAUGAUUCCCAGGUCAAUGAAGAUGAGGAGGAGAUGAAAGUUGAAGAGCCGAUUCCAGACUACAAUGAGACAGUAGAGGAGCAAGCUGUGCCACCUGAGAAACCAAGCAGCAGCCCGGGCCAAGAAGUCGAGGGUGUAAAGAAAAGGCGAUUUCUGGACUUAAAUGAGGUUGCUCCGGGUACUGGUUUUGAUGAUAGUCCUAGUAUGCUAAUGAAGGAUGAUGAUACUGAUAACUUCUGAAGUAUUCUCUGAAGAUUUGCCUUCUUCUAGGCUUGUGGAAUGUGGACUAUCUGUUGCUGGAAAGAAAAGCUGGGUUAGGAGUCCUCUUUAUCAAGAAGGGUGGGUGUACAAUAGAUAUUUCUAAAUUUUGCUAAAAGCCCCUUGAAGGGGUUUAUGGCCAUCGCGUUCUCUCCUUCCAUGGAAUAAUGCGAGCAGCCACUCCACUCCAAUGUAAUUUAUCCAGGGGAGCACAGACAAUAUGAUGUUGAGAGAGUAUUGUGUAGAUAGGGCAGCGAAAUUUAAAUUUUGCAUCAAAAGCAAUGUACUGCCACUGGAUGAUGGGAUUUGUAGGAUGUCCUUGAUUGGUGUGUUGUUAUCCAAUCAAUGUACUAUAACCCCACCCAACGGAAAUUUACUGGCUGAGAUGUUCAAGCCACGUGGUUGCAUUCUGCAGGAUCAAAACAACGUUGUGCCUCAAAGCACUGGGGCUGGUUGGUCUGUUGGCAGAAUGAUGUAUUAGAUAACUGACUCUUGUUGUAAUGGAACUUUUCUUCACGAGGUAACAAAUGUUUCUUUCAUUCCUUCCCAGA